CAGAGUCAACAGGCUGUACGAGGAGCAGACGGAACGUCUGUAGGACUGGACAAAAACAAACCAGCGGGUCAACACACUGUGGCCGCGUACUCGACUUUACUUUACUUGAAAGACGUUUUAGAAUCAUUCUUUUAAUCAGCUGAUUUUUUACAUUUAUUUUUAAUUUUUUAUCGACUUGGGAUGUAACUUUCAGUGUUGUUUCCUGCGCCCAAGCGGAGCACUCUUUUCCCGGUCAGUUUUAUCUUGCGUUCGCUCACGUCUCCGAGGCGAAGUUGCUGCUUUUGAGGAGCGACAGGUUCGUCACAAUUACAUGACAUUGUAACAGUUUCCUCACUCACCUUUCGACCAUGGCGGAAGCGCCUCAGCAGCCACACCUGGUGGAAAUCGACCCGGAUUUUGAACCGCUGUCGCGGCCCCGGUCGUGCACUUGGCCAUUGCCCCGGCCGGAGUUUAUCAACCCGGGCGACUCCAACACCUCUUCACCAGUCCCAUCUGUCAAGCAGGAACCCGCCAACAACACCGAGUUCAUCAACAACCUGAGCCUGCUGGAGGAGACCGAGGACUUCACAGAGCAGAAACCCAUCAUCCUGUGCACUGAUUUCCAGUGUCAGGAGAACUGCGUCCACCAGCAACCUCCACAGCAGCAGCAGCAACAUCAGCAGCAUCCGCAGCAGCAGCACCCGAACCCGCAACUCCCGCAUCAGCAGCAGCAGCAGGUGCCUCUGCUCUCCACCCCGGUCGGCUCGUCGUCCUCAGCGGCCGCCGCAGCCGCUGCAGCCGCUGCCCAGAGGAAGAGCAGCUCCUCCCGGCGAAACGCAUGGGGGAAUAUGUCAUAUGCAGACCUCAUAACCAAAGCUAUCGAAAGUUCUCCCGAGAACCGACUAACUCUCUCUCAGAUUUAUGACUGGAUGGUGAAGAGUGUGCCUUAUUUCAAGGACAAAGGAGACAGCAACAGCUCUGCAGGAUGGAAGAACUCCAUUAGACACAACCUGUCCCUCCACAGCCGCUUUGUUCGAGUGCAGAAUGAGGGGACGGGCAAGAGCUCAUGGUGGAUGCUAAACCCAGAGGGCGGGAAGAGCGGCAAGUCCCCGCGACGCAGGGCAGCCUCCAUGGACAACAACAGCAAGUUCACCAAGAGCAGAGGAAGAGCAGCAAAGAAAAAGCUGUCCCUGCAGGGCGGCCCUGAUGGAGGUGCAGACAGCCCAGGCUCCUACUCCAAGUGGCCUGGCAGCCCCAACUCCCACAGCAAUGAUGACUACGAUGCAUGGAACAGCUUCAGGCCCCGGACCAGCUCCAACGCCAGCACUCUUAGCGGCCGCCUCUCACCCUUUGUGCCUGAGGAUGACCUUGGAGAGGCAGACGUGCAUAUGGGCUACCCUGGAGCCCCCGGGGCCAAGAUGACAGGCACGCUGCCCAGUCUCACAGAGAUGACAGGCUCUCUGGGACACAGUUCUGAGAAUGUCAUGGAGAACCUCCUGGACAACCUGAACUUGCUCUCUCCAAAUAACUCUCAGGUUGGAGGAGGGGCGACAACCCCUGGCUCCUCCCAGUCCUCCCCUUCUCCCAUGAUGCAGCCGAGCCCUGGGUACCCCUCUUACAGCUCGCCCAGCAUGGCUUCCCAGUCUCAGCAGGAAUACCACAAGUGUGUGUAUGGCCAAGCAGGAAUGAACAGCCUGUCAUCUAUGCCACUGCAGACACUGUCGGAGAAUAAAUCCAGCUUCGGGCCCAGUAUGAGCCAGUACUGCAGCACUGCAGGGCUUCUGAAGGAACUGUUGACAUCAGAUACAGACCAGCACGGAGAGCUAAUGCCAUCAGUGGACACUGUUGUGUCUCAGUCCAGCGGAGGCUGUAUGCUGCCACCAUACAACAGCAGCCAGCAUGCGGCCAAACUCAUGGGAGGAGGAAGCAGUCAUCCACAUGGUCUCCCUCACACUCAUCCCCACAAUGUGCACAGCCCAGCCUCAGCCACAUCAUCGGCUAUGAAUGGCCGUUUGCUCAUGUCCUUGAACUACAGCGGGGGCGCCGCACGUUUACCGACAACCAAAAGCCAGAUGCCGAUGCCUUAUGGCCUCUCUGCCCACCUCGGCGGGGGAGGCAUGCCCGGCGGCUUCUGUCCUCUUAACACCAACGGAUAUGGUCGACCGGGAUUGUCAGCACCCUCGCAUCAAGAAAAACUGCCCAGUGACCUGGAUGACAUGUCCAUUGAGAAGUUUGAGUUUGACAUGGAGACAGUCCUCCAUGACACUCUAAUGGACGGGGACUCAUUGGACUUCAACUUUGAGCCAGUGGUGACCCAACAAGGUUUCCCACAUGGGGUGAAGACCACCACGCAUAGCUGGGUAUCAGGUUAGAGACUGUGAUUCACAAAAAAGUUCUUUCUACUUAAAUUCUCAUUGCUGACAUCGUCACAAUCAGAACUGACAUCGGACUAAAAAUGUAUCUAAAGAUACAUUCCUCAUCUGGACAUAACCUGCAGUCACUGUUCCACCAUCAUUUCUGUUUCAAAAAAUACUUCUCAGAUCACUGCAGCAGACUUGACCUGUCCUGAUCUGCUGAGGACAAAUGACCACCAGAGUUCUUGAAGGUGACGUCAGGAUUAUUUUCUGAAAUAAGUCAGUACAAACUAAGUGCCAAACGUUUUGCCUUAACAUAUGAGCCAAACUGAAACACACGUCUCUGGUUUACUAUACAGUAGUUGUAAUCUUUGCGGACAAUACUGCCUACUACAUUACCAUCUCAUCAUGAUCAUCUGCAGAAGCAGCAGCAAAGCAGUCUGUUUAAGAACUUAAACUCACACCAAGCUGUUUACUGUGUCACAUCAAUCAAGAUUUUUGUAAUGGUGAUCGAUUACUGCUGCGGAGAAAUCGAAGAGGGUAAUCUGGCGAAUGGGUUAUGUUGACAGACAUGAUUUAAAACGAGAAAAAAAGAGAGAUCUUUCUCAACGGAUCCUUGAGUGAUGUUACAUAAUAACUUACUUCUUGAAUGUACAUAUUGUAAUCAUACAGUUUGUGAAAUCAUUUCUUGUCAUGUAUUUUUCACAAUUGUAAAUAGUGUUUACAGAAUGGAAGCAAAAAUCGAGGCAGCAGAAAUGAGCCCACAGAGAAAACUGGAUCAGACUCUUUUCAACCGUGCUAAGUGGACAGAUCUGCGCUUGAGAUCAAUCGGGCUGUAAAAUGAAAACACGCGUUUUGAUUUCUUGUAAAUACAUUAAGAAUGUCUAUUAAAAAUGAUGCAGUUAGAUGUUUACUAGAUUCAGCAUAAAUUAUUUGUGGUUAAUAGAGAUUUAUGCUGGUGCAUAACCUGCACUCAGACAUGAGAAUUGUUCUGGGUCAUUCGUCACUCUGAACCUUAAUACCACAGGGGCCUAUUUAUUGUGCCUAACAAAGUAGAUUUAGACUGCAGGCUUGAAGGGUUUUAUAUUGUAAAUGUCUACGGUCCAUACGAUACUCAAAUCCAGCAGUCUUGAAGAACGGUGAACUCUUUCUUGUCAGUUUCCUACUUUGACUUUUCUUUAGAAGUCAGGAAGAAAUAAGUGACUGUAAAUUGUUAUUGUUAUGGUUCCCUGAACACUUUUUGGCGCUGUGAAUGUUACGAGGUCAAGACAGUUUGGAUAAAAGAUAUUCUCAGCGCUACUGUUGUUUUCACACCAAGGCUGCAUAACACCUGCAGAAGACGCCGCCAGUAACCAGCCUGUGCCCUGCUCAGUUUCACAACUUUUUGUAUUUUCCUCUGUCUUAAAAGGUUACUGUGACUGAUUUAGAUAGCACAGCGUCCAAAAGAGCCCUCUCAUGCUGUCAGUAGGAACAGCCUUACUGCUUUCACUGCCCCUCCUACCUCUACAUAUCAUCAUGUCCUUCUAAACAUUUGAUAUUAUGGUAUCACGUGACUUGAUAGCGCAAAUUAUCAUUUCCGUAACAGGUCUGUUUUAAAUUAUUGUUUGUUUUCCCAGCAAACUGCCACUAAGUGUUACGUGUCUGAUUCUUUAUCUCAGCUUGUAUAUUUGCAUUUUUAAACGGUUGUUUCCCAGUCGUUGCUGUUCUAGCGAGAAACUUUCCAGCCUCUCAGUGACUUUUAUUAAGCAGAAUCAAAAGUAAUACUCAAGAUUAUAUCUGUAAACAUAAUUGGUUCUCAUAAAAUUGACUGGUUAGGUGGCAGAGAGACAAAGGCAAAAACUGAAAGUCACCUAUUUACAUUAGUCUUGAUGUUAUGAUGGAGAAACCGCACACAGCAGCAGGCGAUCCUGUGUCGCUAAUGAAUUUACCUUCAGCCACAAGUGAAGGUUCUUGAAUUAGUUUUGAGUUUUCUUUGGUUGAAAUGAAAACCUGCAAACUCCAAACCAGCAAAUGAUCCGACUCCAGUGACGUAGAUUUUUUUUUUCUUUUCUUUUUUGAAGCCAGGGGGUAAGCAAGUUUAUGUAGAGUCAAAUUAAAUGCUUAACAUUUCAAAAGGCAGAGGAGCCAAUAUAGAAGCUGCUUUUGGGCUUUAUUGCCAGGUGUUGCCUUUUCUUAUCCAAACAUGCCAUAAUGUACUAUAGCCAAAUUUGCCUUUGAAGUCAAAGUGAUAUAUUUAGCAUUUUUAUCAUGUUAUAUGUUCAGAACUAUAUAUAUAUAAACAUCUAUAUAUUUGUGCCGGUCACUCAAGUCAGGAUAAACUGUAAUGAAUCCACAUAGGUUCAGUCUAAAAGUUAAAGAGUUGUACUAAGUAAAUUAUAUCUUUACAUUUUUAAAUGAUUUAAUCUAUGCAUUGUAUUCUUUAAUUUUAUGUUGCUAUUGUUCUAUUUUCCUUUUCUUUGAACUUUUAACAGAGAUAUUUUAUUGUAACAUAGUGCUGUGAGAUGUUAUGGUGUUGUCAAGACUCUAUGUUUCAGAUAGUUCUAUGGGGAAAAAAAUGAAGUUUAUUUAGAAAAUAGAAAAUGCAGUGAUUGAUAUGCUAAGCUUUUGUAAACUGACAAUGUUGUUUUUAUUGUAUUCAGCUACAGUUUUUAGAAAAUGGCAUCAAAAAGCAAAUUAAUGAAAAAAAAUGUCAAAGAUUUAUCGCAUUUUUAAAAUGAAACACACAAUAUUUAUUCAUUAGAGAAGUCCUGCUCAAAAUGCAGAUCCUGGACCAAUUCAGAUAUUGCACUUUCACUUGUAUAUUUAAUAACUAAGGGCUCCUCGUAACAAGAGGAAGAGUUCCUAUUACAUAUUUUAAAUGAAAAUCUGUUACAUUUACCUUGAGCAGGUAUACAGGAAUAAAUUGGAAUUGUGCUGUGUGAUAUGCAAUCAAUACAAAUAUGUAACAUGUUCAAUAUUAAUGUAUUAAA